AUGAGUGAGUGUUAUGAUCAAAUCAAUGAUGAAUUUCUUUCUUUGUUACCACCUAUCGUUCCUUGGCAUCAAGUUACAUCGCUUAAUAUUAUUCAACCAUUCAAUUCAACUCAUCUUUACGUUCUCUUUUCGAAAAUGACUAAUCUACGUACUCUAGAACUGUAUUAUAGCUCAGAAUAUGAUAGUAAAAUUGGCUUAAAAGAGGAAACUUUAAUCGAUCUUCUUAAUGAUGCUUGUUUGUGCAAUAUGCUUAUAUCAAAUGGAUUACGACAACUCAGUAUUUUUACUGCUUGGGAACAACCAAAUUUGAUAAAUAUUGCCUAUUUAAUCGUCGAACGCCUACCUCAUUUGCAAGUCAUAGAACUAAAUGGUACUAGUGAACUCGCUGAAAUAUCACGUAUACUUAUCAAUGGUCUUUCGAAAUUAAAUUUUCUCACUAUUGGUGGUUGUAUUAAAUAUGGUAAACUUUAUGAUAAACAAUUGCGUGAUCUACAGAAUUCAAUUACUCGUUCUUUUCGGAUAGAAGUUCCUAGCACGACAGAUGAAGAUACAGUUUUCGUAUGGUUAUAA